CUUCAGCUACGUACAGCAGCAAAUUCAAUUCCGAACAUGACCAUCGAACUACCGGCCUCACUCAAAGCUUCGGGAGUCGCUCAAGGCAAAUGUGGAGACGCCAGAUGCCGUUGUUAACCUAUUCGGGCGUAGCGGCCGCAGCCAUGCUCCCCUCGGUCGUCGGCAAUGGGUCACGUUGGCUCGCCGUUGCAAGUCAAUUAAGAGCUGCGGAACCCUCCAAGAAGCGUUCCGAGCUGAGUUUAUAUCUCUACGUCCUGUACAAGUAUCUCUUGCGUUUCUGUAUAGCUUUGUGUAGGUCGAAGUUUGCCAGCAUUCGCAAGUCACGCAAUCUGCUACACACCGCAACAAUGGCUCUCGUCCCCGUCGCAGGCGCUGUCGCCAGCGCAACAGCCGCCGCCGCAUACAUUGACGCAAAAUACCACCUCACAAAAGACAUCCGCUCGAUCCUCGGCGCACGGGCAAACCAAAAAGCCCUCGACCGCAAUGCUGCCGGGCGGGGCCAGUCGCUCUGGUACCAGUUUGAGUCGCAAGUGCACCGUCUCCCCUCCGACGCGCAGUGCAUCUGGAGCCGCACGGGGUGCUAUACGUGGGCCGAGACGUACGUAAAUGCAUGCCGGUAUGGACAGUUUAUGCUGCAGCAGGGUGUCCAGCCGGGCAAGCUGGUGGCGCAGUAUAUGAUGAAUCGCCCAGAGUUUUUGUUUGUGCAUUUGGGCAGCUGGGCGAUUGGGAGUGCGCCUGCGUGGAUCAAUUACAACUUGGCUGGUGAUGCGCUGGUGCAUUGUCUGAAAGUCGCUGAGGCGAAGGUCAUCAUUGUCGAUGAGGAUGAGGAGUGCAGGAAGAGGAUUGAGGAGGUCAGAGAUCGAUUGGAGGGCGAGCUGGGGAUGAAGAUUGUGGUGCUGGACCAGGCGCAGAAGGGCAAGAUCUCGAGACUCGAGCCCACGAGGCCGGGCGAUGAGCUGAGGGUUGGCGCGAAGGGGAAGUUCCCGCUGUUCUUGUUCUACACAAGCGGCACCACCGGUCAUCCCAAAGCAUGUCCCUUCGAGACUCAAAGAGCGGCAGGCCUCACAGGCAGAGUCGGCGCCAUGGGCCUCAAGCCCGGCCCCAACGGCGACAGAUGGUACGUCUGCAUGCCGCUCUACCACGGCACCGGCGGUACUACAGGACUCGUCUGCAUGGUGACCGGCAUCACAUGCUGUAUCGGCACCAAAUUCUCCACCUCACGCUUCUGGACCGACGUGCGCGACAGCCGCUCGACAGCCAUUGUCUACGUCGGCGAAACCGCGCGCUACCUGAUCAACACACCUCCCAGCCCACUCGACAAACAACACAACGUCCGCGCCAUGUUCGGCAACGGCCUGAGACCAGACGUGUGGCAUCGCUUCGUCGACCGCUUCGGCAUCGAAGUCGUCGGCGAGUUCUUCAACAGCACCGAAGGCGUCAUGGCGCUCUUCAACGGCAGUCGUGGCCCCUUCACAGCAACUUCCGUCGGCCACCAAGGCCUGAUCGACCGCUGGCGCUUCCACAACACCUACGUGCCUGUUGCUGUGGAUAUCGUGACUGGCGAGCUCAUCCGCGAUCCCAAGACAGGGUUCUGCAAGCGCAAGAGCUACGAGGAAGGCAGCGAGAUCUUCGUUGCGAUGCCUCAUGAGAGCGCAUUUGUAGGGUACUACAACAACCCUGACGCCACAGCGAAGCGCUUCGAGCGCAACGUCUUCAAGAAGGGCGACCUGUACUACCGCACCGGCGACGCCUUACGGCGCGAUGCCGACGGGCGCUGGUUCUUCAUGGACCGACUGGGCGAUACAUUCCGCUGGAAAUCCGAGAACGUAUCCACCGCCGAGGUCGCUGAGGCGCUUGGCUCGUUCCCCGGCGUCAGCGAGGCCAACGUCUACGGUGUCGAGGUCCCCGGUCACGACGGCCGAGCCGGCUGCGCGGCGAUCAACAUCACCGAGCCCUUCGAUUUCGGCGGCUUGCUCGCUCACGCCCGCAAGAAGCUGCCCAAGUACGCGGUCCCGGUGUUUCUGCGUGUGCUGAAGAAGCAGACCAGUAUGCACAAUAACAAGCAGAACAAAGUCCCGCUCAGGAAUGAUGGGAUCGAUCUCAGGAAGCUGCAGGAGAGAGCGGAUAAGGAGGCGCAAGAGAAUGGAGAGGACGUUGAGUAUGACACGCUGUACUGGCAUCCUGCGGCGCUGGCAGCACACUCGGGGCUCGUCAAGGAGGACGGGGGGUAUGUUGUGUUUACCAUGGCGGACUGGGAUCAGUUGCGGGCGAACGCCGGGGCUGGCAGUGUCGAGGCGAAGCUGUAAGGCUGCUUUGCUAUGUCUUGCUGUCUCUUGGGACAGAACUAUUGUCAAUUAGCGAGGUUCUAGGUAUUCGAUUGUAAGAUCUCACGUGCUGAAUUUUACUUCUCUGGAGCGUCUCUUGCUGCUGACGACGAAGGGUGCAGGC